AUGAAUAGCCGGCUGCAAGAGAUUCGAGCAAGGCAGAAGCUGCGCCGGAAGUUGCUGGCCCAGCAGCUGGGAGCAGAAAAUGCAGACAACAUUGGAGCUGUUCUAAACAGCAAGGAUGAGCAAAGAGAAAUUGCAGAAACCAGAGAACUCUGCCGUGCUACGUAUGAUACUUCAGCACCAUGUCUGAAGCGGAAACCUCCAGAGGAAGGGAAAGCUGAUGAGGAGGUAGUUGAAGAGAGUAAGGACCUAAUUGAACCACAAAAGGAGGAAGAACAUCUGCCCUAUAAAGAGGAAGUUUACAAAGACUCGAGCACUUUCUUAAAGGGAACGCAAAGCUUAAAUCCACACAAUGAUUACUGCCAGCAUUUUGUCGACACCGGACAUAGACCUCAGAACUUUAUCCGAGAUGUUGGGUUAGCAGACCGAUUCGAGGAAUAUCCAAAGCUGAGAGAGCUGAUCAGACUGAAAGAUGAGUUAAUAAGUAAAUCCAAUACUCCUCCAAUGUAUUUGCAAGCAGACCUUGAGACCUUUGAUCUGCGAGAGCUAAAGAACGAGUUUGAUGUCAUCCUCCUGGAGCCCCCUCUAGAGGAAUAUUUCAGGGAGACUGGCAUUGCUGCCAAUGAGAAAUGGUGGACGUGGGAAGAUAUAAUGAAGUUGGAUAUAGAAAGUGUUGCUGGCCAGAGGGCCUUUCUUUUCCUGUGGUGUGGCUCUGGAGAAGGUCUGGAUUUCGGUAGAAUGUGUUUUCGCAAGUGGGGAUUCAGGCGGUCUGAAGACAUUUGUUGGAUAAAAACCAAUAAAGAUAAUCCAGGCAAGACCAAGACCCUGGAUCCCAAGGCAAUCUUCCAGAGGACGAAGGAACAUUGCCUUAUGGGUAUUAAAGGAACAGUUCACCGCAGCACUGAUGGAGAUUUCAUCCAUGCCAAUGUUGACAUUGACCUUAUCAUCACAGAGGAGCCUGAAAUAGGAAACAUUGAAAAGCCUGUAGAGAUAUUUCACAUUAUUGAACAUUUCUGUCUAGGAAGAAGGCGGCUCCACCUCUUUGGAAGAGACAGCACCAUAAGACCUGGCUGGCUUACAGUGGGACCUACUCUUACCAACAGCAACUUCAAUGCUGAGACUUAUGGUACGUAUUUCAAUACCCCAAAUUCAACACUCACAGGCUGCACAGAGGAGAUAGAGAGGCUUCGCCCCAAAACACCCCCACUUAAAUCAGACCGUGGUUUUGGCACAUCCGGCUUUGGCAAUUCCAGAGGUGGCAGUCGGGGUGGACCCUCUGCAGGAAGAGGAGAAAGAGGUAGAGAAAGAAACAGAGGAAGUUUCCGCGGUGACAGAGGAGGUUUCAGAGGACGUGGACCACAUAGAGGGGGAUUCGCCCCACGCUGA